CCCCGGCACAGUCCCACAAGCUUAGAGAAGGAGGAAAAUAUCCAAUCCUUCACUCCAUCUCUCAUUUGACUCCAAGGUGAUAUCAGCUCAGGCAAGGUAUUCUCACCAAGAAGACCUGAAGACAACACACCGUCACAAAUAAUUCUACCCCCUACAAUUGGUUUGUUUGUCAGAAAAGCACGAAUCACUUCAAGUCGACUAGACACCAAGCAAGGAAGAAAAAAAGACAUAGAAGCAAAUUUCGACUCAGUCACCAAAAAUGACCCAGGACGAUCUUAAGAAUGGUGCUCGCGCCGAUUCCGAUGUCUCGUCUGAUGAGUCUGACUGGGAUGACGCGGAGCCCGAAGAGGAGGAGGCUCAAUCCUUCAUUUCCUUGCUCGACGAUACCGUCUUUCCUGACGUCGAUGCCAUGUUGUCUCACUGCCGCACGAAGCACAACUUUGACUUCCUUGCCAUCCGCCGUCGGCUUGGCCUUGACUUCUUUGGAACCGUCAAGCUUGUCAACUUUGUUCGCCAACGUAUCCACGAUGGCGCUGCUCUGCCCGAGACUAUCACCGUCGACGACAUUGCUGACGAGCGCUACAUGAAGCCCGUCAUUGAAGACGAUGCAUUGAUCAUGGCUCUUACCGAACUGGAUCUUGACGAUGAGUCGCCAGAGCAUCCUCAGCAAGCACCACAAGGGGGUGCUUCUCGGGAAGCUCAGCUCGAAGAAGAGUUGGCAAAGCUUCAAUCCCAAUUCGCAAAUUACCGCAAUGCCGUUGAGCAGACUCUUGACCAGCGCUGGGGAGAAGACACGCCCGUUGCAACCCGGAGCGAGAAGCCGCGUGAUCUGGACGACAAGGGUGUCCGGAAGGACGAGUCUCAGUACUACUGGGAGUCAUAUGCCUCUAACGAUAUUCACGAGACGAUGCUGAAGGACAAGGUUCGAACAGACUCUUACCGUGAUUUCGUCUACAACAACAAGUCUCUGUUCAAGGACAAGAUCGUGCUCGACAUUGGCUGUGGUACCGGUAUUCUGAGCAUGUUCUGCGCCAAGGCCGGUGCGAAGCAGGUCUUUGCCGUUGACAAGUCUGAUAUCAUCGACAAGGCCCGCGAGAACGUCUUCAACAACGGUCUCACUGACAAGGUUAUCUGCAUUAGGGGCAGGGUCGAGGAUAUCAGUCUUCCUGUCGAUCAAGUCGACAUCAUCAUCAGUGAAUGGAUGGGCUACUGCCUGCUUUACGAAGCCAUGAUGAACAGCGUUCUGGUCGCCAGAGACCGUUUCCUCAAGCCCGACGGCCUCAUCGCCCCGAGCAUCUCCACCAUCUGGGUGGCACCCGUCUCGGAUCCUGAGUACAUCACCGACUUCGUUACCUUCUGGGACGACGUCUACGGCUUUGACAUGAAGUCCAUGAAGGAGGGCAUCUACGACGAGGCUCGCAUCGAGCUCAUGCCAGAGGAUUGCAUCUGCGGCACCCCCUCGCAGAUCUCAUACAUUGACCUGCACACCGUCAAGAUCGAGGACCUUGACUUCGAGACUCAGUGGAAAUCGAAGUUGACCAAAGACAUUCCGUCACUUGACGGCUUUUUGACCUGGUUCGACAUCUUCUUUACGACUUCUCGAAGCGACUCGAUCCCGGCGGAUCUGCAGGUUAAGGCCGGCGAGACCAGUGUCACCAGGCCUGGCGAAGUGGCCUUCACUACCGGCCCUGCAGGUCCUGACACCCACUGGAAGCAGGGUUUCCUGAUGAGCAAGUAUCUCGAGGAGAACGCCAGUGUCACCGCCGGCACCGAGAUCUCUGGCAAUAUUGUCUUCAAGGCACCCGAAAAUAACCCCCGGGCGCUGACUAUCAGCAAUACUUGGACCGUACCAGGCCAGGACAACAGCAAGACGCAACUGUGGAAACUCAGAUGAAUCAGCAACAGCCUCCGAAUCCGCAAUUUCGAGCCAUGUCAUCGACACGCAGAUCACCGUCGAUUGAGCCCAAAGACUGCUGGUAGUGGUCGGCUAGAGGCGUUCAUCCUCAAGAUGGACUUCUAAUGCGGCCUACACAAUGUUCGCCUUCUUCCAGGACGCGAUGGAUAAUGACCAGAUGAUUGUCCGCAUGCCAGGACACCGAUUGCAAGUCUC